GCCAACAACUCGCGAAAACAAAUGGCACCCUCGAAACGAGGGAAAUCGAAGACCGCCACCGCUCCGCCGCCCCCGACGGCCGCCGCGUCCAACUUUCCGGCGAGCCUCCGCCUCCAAUCUCCGGCCACCGUAUCCAUAUCGAUCCACGCGAAACCUGGUUCCAAGAUCGCCACCAUCACUGAUAUUAGCGAUGAGGCGGUCGGGGUUCAGAUCGAUGCUCCGGCGAGAGACGGCGAAGCUAAUGCGGCACUGGUCGAUUUCAUUAGCUCGGUUCUAGGAGUAAAGAAAAGACAAGUAUCUAUUAGUUCUGGCUCCAAGUCGAGGGAGAAGGUUGUGCUUAUACAAGAAGUAAGCCUGGAGAAUGUUUAUAAUGCUCUAAAGAAAGCUUGCAAUUCUUAAUCACGGACAAAAAAUCGUACAAGAGACAAUAUUAGAAUGUGAUUAUUAUGGGAGCUUCAAGUUUCUCUGAUGCGAGGAGAUAAGCGUGAUAA